AUGAAACAUCCCGUCUUCAUCGGCGUCUUCUGCCUUCUGACUGGCCUGCUGCCCCCCGUCUUGUCUAAGGAAUGCUACUUCUGCGAAAUCACCUCCUCGAAAAAGUGUCCCAGCACCAAAAUGGUUUGCGGAGAUGACGAAGAUUGCUUCGACGGCCAAGGGGCUGCCACAGGCGUGUCGCUGAUCAGAAACAAAGGCUGCACUCGUUCCAUCAACUGCGGCAAGGAGCAGCCCGUCUCCUAUAUGGGGGUCACCUACAGCCUGGUCACCAAUUGCUGCCAAGGGGACAUGUGCAACACAGGCCAGGCUCUGACAGCCCCCUCCCUCUUCUUCCAGCUUCUCUCUGCGGGUGUGCUUCUGCUGGGGGUUUUUUUCUGA